ACUGGCUACAUGUCAGGAAAACAUCAUGACAUGCUGAGGUGCUGGAAGACCCAGGAGAAGACCGGGCCUCAGGUGCCCACAUGAUCAGCACAGCAAGGGUAGCUGCGGAUAAGCCAGUACGCAUCGCCUUUAGCCUCAAUGACGCCUCAGAUGAUACACCUCCUGAAGACUCCAUUCCUUUGGUCUUUCCAGAAUUAGACCAGCAGCUACAGCCUCUGCCUCCUUGUCAUGACUCCGCAGAAUCCAUGCAGGUAUACACACAGCACUGCCAAAUAGCAGAAGAAUACCAUGAGGUCAAAAAAGAGAUCGCCCUGCUUGAGGAAAGAAAAAAGGAGCUCAUUGCCAAACUGGACCAGGCAGAAAAGGAGAAGGUGGACGCUGCCCAGCUGGUUCGGGAAUUUGAGGCCCUGACGGAGGAGAACCGGACCCUGAAGUUAGCGCAGUCGCAGUGUGUGGAACAGCUGGAGAAGCUCAGGAUACAGUAUCAGAAGAGGCAGGGGUCGUCCUAACGUGAAAUUAUUAAACGUGCACGUGAGAGGCUGCUGACUGCUGUGCGCUGGCCAGAAGCUUGUUCUUUUAGAGGGAUAGCGAAUAAAAUCCACUGCUUCUCUUCAUUACUCACAUGGCAGAUUCCUAGAAUGAGAGUUUAAUGUUUGCCAGCUUCUAGCUUGAGAGAAGGGAUAUUUUAUUUUAAGUGAGAUCAUUAGUGCGAAGCUAUUGACCAUAUAUAUUUUCAGAGAUCGGAAUUCUUUUUCAAAGAUAUAUAUUUUUUCUUAUUUAGCAAGAUGUGAUCUUACUGUACACCAGCCUAGGAAAUAAUCAAAGUAGAAUGCUGACCGACCCCGUUAAAAAUCACGAGCCACGAAAUACACCAGUAAGAUGCUCACUGUCGUUCCACGCUGGUGCCUUUUUAAAUUUCAUGCUUUUCAUACUCCAAAUCUGCUCAACUAUAGAAGCCAGCAGAAACUUCUCUGCGUAAGUUGGUGUGCACCAGGCGGAUGCAAUCCUUCAAUGAUAGGUUUCCGAAGAAUGAAUAAUUGCACAUCCGUAAAAGCCUCCCCAUGAAAAUGUGAGCAGAAAUCGUAUCUGUGCCAAAACCUCAGUUGCUUAUGCUGACAUGCUGGUGGGAUAAGGACACAGAAAGGGCUUCUUCAUUUUCUUCAUCUGUGUUCACUGGCCAGCAAUAUCUCUGCCUUUGCUUGCAUGUGUUUGGGGGUUUGGGGAAACGGAACAGUGUCCUCUGGACCUUGCUGGGGUCAGUUCCCACGAAAAAACAGUGAGAUUAUAAUUAUCACUUUUCUUUGGAUUUAAGGAAAUGCUUUAGGUCAGUAAUGACUGAUGGGAAUAUGUGGAUAAAUUCAGAAUUAAAGUGGUUUUUCCCUCACUCUAGCUA